AUGGAGGAGCAGCUGCGACACAAACAAAGCAGAACACAAGAUGCCGCCAUGAUCGAAGUCAAGAUCAUGCCAUCACCUUCCAAGCAAGAGGCCAGCAAGGCUGAGAGAAUCAAGCAAGAGGCCAGCAAGGCUGAGAGAAUCAAGCAAGAGGCCAGCAAGCCUGAGAGAAGCAAGCAAGAGGCCAGCGAGUCUGAGAGAAUCAAGCAAGAGGCCAGCAAGGCUGAGAGCAGCAAGGAAGAGGCCAGCGAGUCUGAGAGAAUCAAGCAAGAGGCCAGCAAGCCUGAGAGAAGCAAGCAAGAGGCCAGCGAGUCUGAGAGAAUCAAGCAAGAGGCCAGCGAGUCUGCGAGAAGCAAGCAAGAGGCCAGCGAGUCUGAGAGAAGCAAGCAAGAGGCCAGCGAGUCUGCGAGAAGCAAGCAAGAGGCCAGCGAGUCUGAGAGAAGCAAGCAAGAGGCCAGCGAGGCUGCGAGAAUCAAGCAAGAGGCCAGCAAGGCUGGGAGAAGCACGCAAGAGGCCAGCAAGCCUGCGAGAAUCAAGCAAGAGGCCAGCAAGGCUGCGAGAAUCAAGCAAGAAACCAGCGAGUCUGAGAGAAGCAAGCAAGAAACCAGCGAGUCUGAGAGAAGCAAGCAAGAGUCCAGCGACGCUACCAUAAAGAAAGAUAUUCCAGAGGGAGACAACAAGAGAUAUUCCAGAGGGAGACAACAAGAGAUAUUCCAGAGGGAGACAACAAGAGAUAUUCCAGAGGGAGACAACAAGAGAUAUUCCAGAGACAGACAGCAGCAGAUAUUCCAAAGUCAAGCACUAUUCCAGUGA